GUGAGGGCCGGACCAGCUGGCGCUGCGGGGGCCGGGGACCAGACUAAAGAGGGAGGGCGGGACCGGCUGCGGGACCGCGACGAUAGCACACUGAGCGAGCGCCUGGACCUGAGAGGAGCGAUGCUGUGGUUCCAGGGCUCGAUUCCGGCCGCCAUCGCGUUGGCCAAGAGGAGCGGCUCGGUCUUCGUGGUGUUUGUGGCAGGUAAUGAUGAGCAGUCUACACAGAUGGCCACAAGUUGGGAAGAUGAGAAAGUGACAGAAGCAUCCUCAAACAGUUUUGUUGCUAUUAAAAUUGAUACCAAAAGUGAAGCCUGCGUACAAUUUUCACAAAUCUAUCCUGUAGUGUGUGUUCCAUCCAGUUUCUUUAUUGGAGACAGUGGAAUUCCCUUGGAAGUAAUAGCAGGAAGUGUUUCUGCAGAUGAACUUGUUACCAGAAUUCACAAAGUCCAGCAGAUGCACUCAGUAAAAGUUGAAUCAUCAGUUGCAAAUGGGCGUCAGUCUGAAAGUUCAGUGUCUGCUCUGUCCGCCUCCUUUGAAUCUAACAACACUUCUGAAAACUCUCAAUCCGGGAAUAUCAAGCUUUGUGAGGCACCACCCACUUCUCCUGAUGCAAAAUCAGAUAUUGCAGCAGGAGGAGAAAGUUCAAGUCAUGCCACUCCCUCCCAAGAGCCUCAUGACUGUUCAGAUCUAAAACCUGCAGAGGACCUCACCGUCAGAGUGGAAAGACUAACCAAAAAACUUGAAGAAAGGAGGGAAGAGAAAAGGAAAGAGGAAGAGCAGAGAGAAAUUAAGAAGGAAAUUGAGAGGAGAAAAACCGGAAAAGAAAUGUUAGAUUAUAAAAGAAAGCAAGAAGAAGAAUUAACAAAAAGAAUGUUAGAGGAAAGAAACAGAGAAAAAGCAGAAGAUAGGGCAGCACGAGAGCGUAUAAAACAGCAGAUUGCAUUGGACCGUGCAGAGAGAGCUGCUCGUUUUGCAAAGACAAAGGAAGAAGUUGAAGCUGCCAAAGCAGCUGCUUUGCAGGCCAAACAGACAGAAAUGGAAGUCAAGAGGGAAUCUUAUAGAAGAGAAAGAAGUACUGUUGCUAGAAUUCAAUUCCGUCUUCCUGAUGGUUCUUCCUUUACAAAUCAGUUCCCUUCUGAUGCUCCUUUAGAGGAAGCAAGACAGUUUGCUGCACAGACAGUCGGCAACACUUAUGGUAAUUUUUCAUUAGCUACCAUGUUUCCCAGGAGGGAAUUUACCAAAGAAGAUUAUAAAAAGAAAUUACUGGAUUUGGAGCUUGCCCCAAGUGCCUCAGUGGUACUGUUGCCAGCAGGAAGACCAACUACAUCCAUGGUACAUUCUUCUAGUGGAGACAUUUGGACAUUGUUGGGGACAGUACUUUACCCAUUCCUUGCCAUCUGGAGAUUGAUUAGCAACUUCCUAUUUAGUAACCCUCCUCCUGCACAGACUACUAUGAGAGCAACAUCAUCAGAACCUUUAAACUCUGCAUCAUCAAGCAACUCAGAAAAAAGGGAUCCAGUCAGAAAAAGAGUGCUAGAGAAACGCGCGGAAGACUUUAAAAAGGAGGGCAAGAUAUACAGAUUGAGGACUCAGGAUGAUGGUGAAGAUGAAAACAACACUUGGAAUGGAAAUUCUACGCAACAAAUGUAGUGCAAUAAGUAUAAUAUAUGCAAUAAUCAUUGUUUCUCUUAUGAUUUAAUUCAACUAAAAUUUUACUGGAGAAGUGGUACUGCUUUUUGUUUUCUAACUGAUCUACAAAGUGUCUUUUUAUUCCUGCUUAGUGCAGUAGUAGAUGUGGGUUAAAGUUGUCUAACUCUGAAAAGUCAAGAGAUAAAAUAACUGGCUGCUAGGUUCUUGGAAAUGCUAACUACUAGAAGCCUAAAAGAAUCUAAAGGUUUGAUAAUCUCCCUUCAUAGGCUUUCUUAUUCAGUAUUUCUUACCCAUUAGCCCCAUGCUUUCAGAUGACAAGCUUUGUUUAGAGGUGUUAAGCUCC